AUGGUCCUGACAAAGCUUGCCAUCUGGCUCUGGGGCCCAGAUGCUAAAGAUCGAGCCUUACUCUCCAAACUCGAUGUGACGCUGCUCCCAUACUUUUCAUUGAUCUGGUUUCUGUUUGGUAUUACCCGAGCCAGUUAUUCAUCCGCGUAUAUCAGUGGCAUGAAAGAGGCCUUAGGCUUCGAGGGCAAACAGUACAACUACAUGAACACCGCGUACCUGGUUGUUUACGCGGUUUGCCAGAUCCCGGGAACCAGUCUGCUAACCAUAUUGCGACCGAAGUAUGUCUUCGUCACUGCCAAUUUAACGUGGAGUGUUUUGACUUUGAUCACCUAUAAGAUGACGCAUGCCUGGCAAGUCAUUGUGCUGAAUGCCAUCGAGGGCGGGUUUUCUGCUAUUGCAUACGUUGGAGCACAGUUUAUUCUCGGCUCAUGGUACCGGAAGUCCGAACUGGGAGUGCGGGCGGCUGUAUUUUGUGUAUUCGGCCAACUGGGCACUAUGUCUGGUGGCUGGAUGCAAGCCGGUCUGCUUCAGACUCUGGCAGGCAAAGGUGGUCUACCAGCAUGGAAAUGGAUCUUCAUUAUUGUGUCUGUCAUGACAAUUCCCGUUGCAUUAUUCGGCUGGAUCUUUAUUCCAGAUCUCCCUGCUCACCGUGCCGCCUGGUAUCUUAGCGACGAGCAAAAGGAACAUGCGGCUACUCGGCUAGGUCCUCUUCGCCAGCAGUCAUGGGAUAAAACUGUAUUCAAACGUGUCUUACUGAGCUGGCAGUUCUAUCUCUUGCCAACCCUCUUCAUGUUAUACUCGCUCUGCGUACAGAUGCUGCAGAACAAUGUCAUGGCUUACUGGAUGGCGUCAAGAGGCUACACCACCGUCCAACAGAACAACUACCCUACAGGUAUCUACGCGACAGCCAUUGUCGGAACAGUGUUUUAUGCCGUCAUAUCCGAUAAGCUCCAAUCCCGCUGGGAGGUGUCUGUCGCGAUCGGGUUUACCUUCAUCAUCGGCUCAGCCAUCUUAGUGUCCAGUCCGGCUACAGAUGCUGGGUACUUUGUUGCCUUUUACCUACUCGGUACAACAUUUGCCCCGCAGGCUGUGUGGUAUUCGUGGAUGGCUGAUGUGACAAGUCAUGACUUUCAACUUCGCGCCAUAACGACAGGUUUCAUGAAUUCAUUCGAUUUUGCCUUUGUCUCUUGGUGGCCACUGAUUUUCUACCCGGCGACAGAUGCGCCUGAUUUUAGAAAGGGUUAUAUUGCCAGUUUGGUUACAGGGACAUUGACCCUGCCCUUUAUCGCAAUAAUUGCCUAUUUAGAAAAAAGGGAUACAGCUCGCGGCAUUAUCGGCAGGGUCCAUGCCGAUUUCGAGGAAUCCGGAUCUCCACACGAGUCGGUCGAUGAGAACACGCCCAUCAAUGUACAACCGAAGACUAGCGUGUAG